CCGCAUAGUUCACAGGAAGAUCUUGCUACCAGCUGUCUCUGAGCUAUUACUCCAAGGACCAAGGCUGGGAUUGCACAUACUUCUUUUUUAUAUAAACUGUGUUCCAUGUAUCUGGAAGCACUUUGGAUAUGGUUUAAGAUAUCCAAGAGAAGGUUAAAGACAUGUUUUGCUUUGAGGCAUUUUCCAGACUGUAAAGACUCAUGCUCCCCAUCUCCUCCAACCUUGAACUUCUGAUCCUCCUCUCCUGACCUCCUCUGGACUGGAUUGUAGAGUCCUCCUUGUCUAUGAAAUGCAGUUAUCACAGCAGUUGGACUUGUUUCCCGAAUGCAGGGUGACCCUUCUGUUAUUUAAAGAUGUAAAAAAUGCAGGAGACUUGAGAAAAAAGGCCAUGGAAGGAUCUAUCAGUGGUUCAUUGAUAAACCCUAAUGUGAUUGUUGAUCCAUUUCAGAUACUUGUGGCAGCGAACAAAGCUGUUCAUCUCUACAAACUGGGAAAAAUGAAGACAAGAACUCUGUCUACUGAAAUUAUCUUCAACCUCUCCCCAAAUAAUAACAUUUCAGAGGCUUUGAAGAAAUUUGGUAUCUCAGAAAGUAACACAUCAGUCCUGAUUGUUUACGUUGAAGAGGGAAGACAACAAAUACAUCAGGAACACCUAAUAUCUCAAGUGGAAGGCCAGCAGGUACCUUUGGAAAGUCUGCCAGAUAUAACAAAGCUCUCAGAAGUCAAAAAGAUAUAUAAGCUGUCACCACAAGAGGAGAGUAUUGGGACAUUAUUGGAUGGAAUCAUUUGUAGAAUGUCAACAAAGGAUGUAUUAUAAGAUGUUUAAAAUAUCAACAGAAAAUCUCAGUCACUAGGUUUUUUUUCCUGGUUAUAAAAUUAACAUAGUCAUCACAGAAAAAUGGAAAAAGAAACCACUACCAGCCCUACUUAUUUUUUUAUUUCUUAAAGAUAACCCCUGUCACUGUUUUUGUCAUUGACUUAUAGUCUUCUGCUUAUAUUCAAUACAUUUUAUUUUUAUACAAUUGGAAUAAAAAGUGCAAGCACCUAGUGAAGGCUACACUGUUCAAGGCUCUUCCUUACAAUUCACCUAUCAUUGCAACUAACCUGGUACUUCUGGCUUUUCCACAUUGCCUUUCUAAGCUUCUGGAUCUUGAGUGUUUUAUGCCUAACAAUUUCGUUAACUCUAAGCUGGGUGUGCUGUCUCACUCCUAUAGGCUAGUACUCAGGAGACUGAGGCAGGAGAAAGUCACAAGUUCGAGGUCAGCUCAGGAUAUUCCAGAAGUUCCAGAUCAUUCUAACGUACUUUGUCAAAUCCUAUCUCAAUAAAUAAAUAGUAAUUCAUUUAA